AUGGGACGAGGAAUCUCAAAGUGGCAGCCUGUGAUCCUUGAUUAUUCUGCUAAAUCCAAGUGUAAGAUCAGCACUCACGCCCUGUCUGCCCGAACUGGGGAGAUUAUGUUUACUGAAAAUUCAACAUUCAAUAACAAAGCGUUGUCGUUUUUACAAAAUGAUGAGGAUAUUUUGAAGUAUUUUCCCGCUGCAGUAAAUGCUUUCAGGAUACCCGGCUGGAGAAGGAAAGAUCUUCCCUUUGCCAGAACUUCAAGUUGUGCUUCGUUGGUCUCCAAAUGGAGAUGUGCCUUUGGGGAAACGCCAAUCAUUCAACCAGACACUAAUCUUUUGAAUCUAAGGAUGAGGUCCUUCAGCAGAAGUUUGUAUUUUGCCCUUUUUCUUACGAUUUUAGUCACCCAAGGUUGUGGCUUACAGCAGCUCAUGACAGACAAAGAAACAACUGUGAAGAUUUUGUCUUCAGGAAGAUUAAUUCAGUGCUCAUCAGCUAUUGACAUUUUGUUGGUGAUGGAUGGAUCCCAUAGCAUAGGAAAAGGAAGCUUUGAACGAUCAAAGCACUUUGCUGUCAAACUGUGCGAUAUUCUUGACAUUAAUCCUGACAGGGUUCGCAUUGGAGUGAUCCAGUUUAGUUCAAAACCAAAAGUAGAAUUUGGGUUAGAAACCUACCCGACCAGGGAAGAAAUGAAAGAAGCUAUCAGAAAGAUUUUCUUUAGGGGCGGUAGCACUGAGAUUGGCAGAGCAAUAAAGUAUGUGCUACACAAAGGGUUUCUUGGAGGGCGAAAAGAUGCCCUGAAAAUCAUUGUAAUUCUCACUGAUGGUAAAUCACAAGACAAUGCAACAGUGCCUUUGAGGUUUGCUAAGAACAGCGGAAUGACAAUAUUUGCUGUAGGAGUCAAGCACCCAGGGUGGAAAGAACUGGCCAGUUUAGCCAGCAUUCCCAGUGACAUGCAUGUGUUCUAUGCAGAACACUAUGAUGAUGCUGUUAACGGUUUAUACACCACACUGACGCAGUCUACAGUCUGCUCUGAUGUGCAUCCAGCCUGCAAGGUGGUAUCACGGUUUUGCCAGAGAACCACAGUCAACGCUGAGAAGAAAUACCUUGGAAACUACAUCUGCUGGAAAGGCACAAAUGACAGCACAAAACGACAUGGAAAACCUAUGACUACCUUCUGUCCUUUCUACUUCUGGAAAAGAACAUACAGUCAGAUUCAAAGCCGCUGUUACCGCACCCUCUGUCCAGAUCCCUGUGAUUCAGCUCCAUGUCGUAAUGGAGGAACCUGUGUUACAGAGAAUGUGGAUGAGUACAACUGUUUGUGUCCUCUUGGUUAUGGAGGGGACAAACACUGUACUGGAAACAGAUACCUGAUACCUGCUGGCAUUAAAGACUGUUCUGUUAACUUGAUGUUUUUGGUGGAUGGAUCAUGGAACAUGGGCCUCGAAGGAUUCCUUCAAGCUAAAGCAUUUUCUAAAAGACUUCUUCGAUCCAUCAUGACUUCUUCAGCGAGACUCUUAGUGGGGUUUGCUCAGUAUAGUGACAAUGUUUGCAUCGAGAUUGGCUUGGGACAGUAUAGUGACUUCAAUGACUUGAUAAAAGCAAUAGAUGACAUACCCUUUAAUGGAGGUAACACUUUGACAGGGAAGGCUCUGCAUUAUAUAGCUGAAAAUGGUUUCAGUGAAGGCUCCAGAGUGGAUGUUCCGCAUGUUCUUGUGGUGUUUUCCAAUUCUAAAUCUCAUGACUCAGUGAUACUCCCUGCGCACCACGCUAAAGAGAAGGAAAUAUUUAUUCUGUCUGUUGGAAAGAAACGUAUAAUAAAUCAACUAAACCACAUAGCUGGAGACUUUCAGCUGGCAUUUGCAUAUAAUGAUCCCCAGGAACUCUACAGUAAGGUUUCGGAGCUCAGUUCAAAAAUAUGUGGAUUUAACACACCUGGUUGUUUUUCCAAGCCUUUAGAUCUAGUAUUUACCGUGGAUGCUUCUGGUAAUGUUGGAAGACAGAAUUUUCGUCAAAUUAAAGGAUUUGUGAGGAACAUUAUUUCACAAUUUGAUAUUGACAGAGAUCUUACACAGGUUGCUAUGGUGAUCUACAGCAAUAAACCCCGAACUCUCUUUAACUUGGAUUCCUAUGACAGCGAAGGAAAAAUUAAAAGGGCAAUCAGCUCUGGCCCAUUUCUGGAUGGGAGUGCUCACACUGGGAAAGCACUUAAAUAUAUACUAGAGGAUACUUUAAGUGUCCAGAAGGGAGCAAGGCCAGGAAUCCACAAGAUAGUAGUGAUGAUUACUGAUGGACAGAGUUCAGAUGAUGUUGUUCCUGAUGCUGAGCAGCUGAGACACAAUGGGAUUACCGUAUUAGUGCUGGGAGUGGCAGAUGCUCAGGCAACAUCACUCCUGCGAAUAGCAGGAAGCCACACGUUCAUGAUUCCUGUCCGUUCUUAUGAAGAUUUUAAACAUUAUGAAAUCAGCUUGGUACGAAGAAUAUGUGAAGCUGAUAGAACCAGCAAAGUGAAACAGAGCAAUAUGCUGGGCCGAAUCCUGGAUGAUCGAGGCAGAUCUUUCAAACAGCCCGUCUUCACAUCCGACAGCCCCUGCGGCUGCCUCCGGAUCCUUUCUGGGAGCAGCGGGCCUGACUCCCAUUAA